UCAAUUUUGCUCUAAAUGUUGAACUAUUCCAGGCACAGUCUAGUCUUGUAGACAUUGUGAAGUACUGUAAGCUGCAGAACAGAGAUCGCGUGUCUUAUUCACUGCCAUAUUCCGGAGCAUGCCUGCCUAUGUAAUUUGUGAGGCUCAGUAUGAAAUGAAAAUGAAGGGUGCCUUGUUCAAAACACAGGGGAAAGUGCCAUUAAAGGUACUAAAAUAAAAGCUAUUUUCUUUCUUCUGUAGUAUCUCUUUCGACUUGUCAUGACGUUUUAAUUAAUAGCGUUCAUUGCUAUUGUUAAUUAUUGACAUUAAUCAUGCUAUUUUAUUGACUUAAUCACUAGUUAUACUAUUAUUAAUAGCAUUAAUUUGCUAUUUAUUGUCACUCUAAGUAAAGAAAAAUUAAAAGUUGAAGUCAUUAGCGUGAGAUUUACCACUCUUUAUAUUGUGCAAUACCAGUUUUAAAUACAAACAUAAGAACAUUUAGCUUGAUGAGGAAGAUUUGAAAUCUGUAGUUUGAGGCCUGCUAUGUGAACCCUGCCUGUUAAUAAUUACACAGAAAUGAUUGAGUAAGUGUAAAAUGUACUGUUCCUGCCUCUGCCCGCCUUUGUCUGAACUCCUGCAUCCAGUAACCCCUAGCAACUCCCCCACCUCUUGUAGCCCUUAGCAACCCCCACGUUCUGUAACCACCUGUAAUUUAUAGAAACUGUGUAACCAAUCAGUUAGUACCAACUGUAGCUAUAUGUCUUAAUCUAUAAAAGGAGAAAACUGGCCCAAAACGCGGCCCAGAAUUUUUGGAGUGUUAGCUCGUCUGGUGCCGCCAGCUUAAUAAACCUGAGUUCUCCAACUCUCUGAGUGUGGUGCUUGGUUUCUCGUGGGACCAAGUUCUGCAGCAUUUUUGGAGGCCCCAGCGAGAUUCCAACCAUGCCAGGCCCUUGAGCCGCCGGACCGGUGGCUCGGCCGGGUCGGGGUGAAGGAGCUCCGAGACGAACGAGGAGGCACGCCACCUGACGGUAUUCCGGGUUCUCUGUCAGACCGGUACUCUAACUCUCCGGACGGCCGAGCCCUGACCCGACUCAUUAGAGAGAGUCGGACCAACUCACCCAGAACAGUUGCAACCAAGGACCAGGUUCUGCCCUGCCUGCUUCCCUCCUGUUUCAUUCACACCUAAGGAAGAAAGAAGAUGGCUUGUGCUGAGUAUUCUUUUCACGUGCCAAACCUAGAGGAGCUUGUUGGAGUUCUGCAGAAGGGGCUAAUGGAUAACUUUGCUGAUGUCCAGGUCUCUGUAGUUGAUUGCCCUGAUUUGACUAAGGAGCCAUUUACCUUUCCUGUAAAAGGUAUCUGUGGGAAAACUAGAAUUGCAGAAGUAGGAGGUGUACCUUACUUAUUGCCUCUUGUAAAUAAAAAAAAAGUUUAUGAUCUAAAUAAAAUUGCAAAAGAAAUCCAGCUUCCUGGAGCCUUUAUUCUCGGAGCAGGAGCAGGCCCAUUUCAGACUCUUGGAUUCAAUUCUGAGUUUAUGCCAGUUGUUCAAACAGAAAGUGAACACAAACCUUCUGUGAAUGGAAGUUACUUUGCUCAUGUUAACCCUGCAGAUGGAGGGUGCCUAUUAGAGAAAUACAGUGAGAAAUAUGAUGAUUUUGGGUGUGCAUUACUGGCUAAUCUUUUUGCCAGUGAAGGCCAACCUGGAAAGGUCAUUGAGGUGAAAGCCAAAAGAAGAACUGGAAAACUUAACUUUGUGACUUGUAUGAGACAGACUAUUGAAAAACAUUAUGGAGAUAAGCCUGUAGGAAUGGGAGGUACUUUUGUGAUUCAGAAGGGAAAAGUGAAGACUCACAUUAUGCCUACAGAAUUUUCUUCCUGCCCAUUGAACUCUGAUGAAGACGUGAAUAAAUGGUUGCAUUUUUAUGAGAUGAAGGCUCCUUUGGUUUGUCUGCCAGUUUUUGUCUCCAGAGACCCAGGGUUUGAUUUGCGGUUGGAGCACACUCAUUGUUUCAGUGAUCAUGGAGAAGGUGGACACUACCAUUACGACACCACCCCAGAUACAGUGGAAUAUCUUGGAUACUUCUUACCCGCAGAGUUUCUCUAUCGCAUUGAUCAGCCAACAGAGACCCAUUCAUUUGGGCGAGAUUAAAUCAACUGAUACCCGUUUAGAAAAAGUAAUAAUUAACUAAGGUUAACUCAUUAAUUGAUACUAAUAUAAAGUCUAACAGAAAUAGUCUCACUACUUAAGCCCUAUGUUUUUCGGCCUUUGAAAUGAAAGGUACAUUGAUACUGCGCUCUGUAUUACUUCAUAGAUCUAUCUGAAAGGGAUUAAUGGAACAAAGACACAUGAUAGAGAUGUUCUUCAUUAUUUUUAUUCUAAAAAUCGGUCUUAUGUUUAUAAUUAAAUAUAAACAUGAUUAAGAAUCAAGCGAUUAUUCCUACUAGCUAAUAGUAAUAAUUUACAUUUGUAUAUUAUUCAGUUUUUCAAAUUAGUCUCACAUCUGCUAAGUGGAUGUUUCUGGAUAUUAGAAAAAUCAGUGUUGGAAAUGUUGAUAGUUGUUAAAUCUUUCUACUGAAUUUUUAAAAUCCAUUUUAGAAAUCAAAGUACACUUUUUUCAUGGAAUAAGGUGGUCAGAGGGAGCAACUUUACUCCUUUUGGUGAAAUUGAACCAUACUCAGAAGUUUACAAUUUGCUUUUCACGAAUAUUAGCAGCUAGACAAUUAGCCAUGAUUCCUCCUUUGUUUGGACUGUCAGUUGGAAGGAGUUUGUGUCUUGUUGAUUAUUUGCAAGAAGAGAAAGGAAAAGAAAUAGCAUCAAAAUACAACCUUGAAGUGACUAUACUUUAUAAGUGAGUCUAUUGCUAAAUAUGACUCCUAUCCUUCGUGACAUAUAAAAUUAUACUUUACUGAUUGUAAAGUGUAAUUUUGAAUUUUUCCUCAGUGGGAAAAAAGUAAAAUUUUGAAAUUUCCCUCAGUGUUUUUCGAUAAUAAGCAUUAGCCAAAAACAACUCUCUCAUCUUAUAAGGCCAACAUUUUGCAGAUUUAAGAGUUUUUUAGUACUAAGCAUAUAAUAAAUUGUCAAGAAGUAUUUUUUGUCUUUAGAUGUUAAUUAUAACAUACCCUGUGAGUAUAAAUUCCUAAAUAUUAUUUUUAAACAUUGGUUUGUAGCAAAAAAAAUGAAUAAAAAUUUUGCAU